UAGUUGGAUCCUUCUCAUAUCCGCCGACCAUCAGCUCAGCUGAGAAGAAGAAGACGAAGAAGACGAAGUAUUUGGUCUGUUACCAGACUUCAUUAACUUUUCAUCAUUUUCUCUCUCACACACGUACAGACAGACUCAUCGGAUCUCGAGUUACUGUCAUCUUGGGGGGUGGAUUGUAUUACUCGAUUUCUUCUUAUUACAUUCAUCCAUCCAUCCAUCUGGAUCGUUCACUUGUACAAAUUGCUUGUCCGACUUUGAUACGACCUUCCUUUGUCGAUCCCAAUUGAGUUUUCCUCAUGGCGUCUCCUGGAAACCCAAACCAGCCGGGAGGUAAUUUCGACGCUCACAAAUUCUUCAAACCCCAAAACCCUAAUACCAAUUUACCAUCUUCUCCAUUCCCACCUUCUUCUUACCCUCCACCGCCCUCUUCUUCAUACCCACCUCCAGCCAACUCCGGGAACUUUCCAUACCCUCCUCAUCCGCAGGUCAUGCCAUCACACCUUCCUCAGUUCCAUAUCCCUCAAUACCCACAGCCUGAUCAUUUCUCUAACUUCAAUGUACAGAGAUCUAUCUCUUACCCAACACCCCCUCUCCAGCCUCCCCAGCCCAUUGCUCUUCAGCAGAACCCUAAUUCUGGGGCGAGGCUCAUGGCUCUUUUGAGUGCCCCUCCAUCCGCUCAUGAAAUCCCACCUCAACCUCAACCCACUAUGACGAUUCCUCAGAUCCAUCCUUCCUCGUCUGGCUCAGCCGAAUUUUCAAUCCCCCCGAUACUGUCCUCUGCUGCUCCAAAUGUUAAUCCAGCAGCUUUGUUGAGUUCAUCCCCAAUGCGUAUGCCCAGCAGCAGCAAGCUCCCAAAAGGCCGGCACUUAACUGGGGAUCAAAUUGUUUAUGAUAUAGAUGUUAGAAUGCCGGGUGAGGUGCAGCCUCAGCUUGAAGUCAGUCCGAUAACCAAGUACGUCUCCGAUCCUGGCCUUGUAUUGGGACGACAAAUUGCGGUUAACAAGACUUAUAUUUGCUAUGGACUCAAAAUGGGAGCUAUUCGAGUUCUCAAUAUUAAUACUGCUCUCAGGUCAUUGCUUAAGGGGCUUGCUCAGAGAGUGACAGACAUGGCCUUCUUUGCGGAAGAUGUUCAUCUUUUAGCUAGUGCAAGCAUAGAUGGACGUGUAUAUGUUUGGAAAAUUACUGAAGGUCCGGAUGAAGAAGAAAAGCCACAGAUUACUGGAAAAAUAGUAAUUGCUCUUCAAAUAGUUGGCGUAGGAGAUUCUGUUCAUCCGCGAGUUUGUUGGCAUUGUCAUAAACAGGAAGUGCUUGUAGUUGGUAUCGGAAAGCAUGUUCUAAGAAUUGAUACUUCAAAAUUUGAAAAAGGCGGAGUGUAUUCUGCAGAGGAACCCCUCAAAUGUCCCAUUGACAAGUUACUUGAAGGAGUUCAACUUGUUGGAACUCAUGAGGGAGAAGUGACUGAUUUGUCGAUGUGUCAGUGGAUGACCACUCGUCUAGUUUCUGCUUCUACAGAUGGCACGAUUAAAAUUUGGGAAGACCGUAAAGCACAACCGCUUGUAGUGUUGAGGCCAUAUGAUGGACAACCUGUUAGUUCAGUCACAUUUUUGACUGCCUCUCACCGCCCCGAUCACAUCAUCCUACUAACUGGGGGUCCCCUGAAUAGGGAAUUGAAAAUAUGGGUUUCGGAAAGUGAAGAAGGGUGGCUUCUUCCUAGUGAUGCUGAAUCAUGGAAGUGCACCCAGACACUAGAGUUGAAGAGUUCACAUGCAUCACGGCUUGAAGAUGUAUUCUUCAACCAAGUUGUGGCGUUGUCUCAGGCAGGACUUCUCGUAUUGGCAAAUGCCAAGAAAAAUGCUAUAUAUGUGUUGCAUUUAGAUUAUGGCGAUAAUCCAUCAUCAACACGAAUAGACUACUUGGCAGAGUUUACAGUUACAAUGCCAAUUUUGAGUUUUACCGGGACUAGCGAAGUAUUACCUCAUGGUGAGCAAAUUGUUCAGGUUUAUUGUGUCCAGACUCAGGCUAUUCAGCAAUAUGCCUUGGACUCAUCCCAGUGCUUGCCUCCUUCACUAGAGGGUUCUAUAUUGGAAAAAUCAGACUCAUUUGUUACGCACAAUUCAAUAAUUACGGAUGGAAUUGUAUUGUUGGACUCAUCUGGAAGUAAGGUCACUGAUUCGACACCCAAAAUUCCUGUGCGUGAUAGUGGCCCAGACAAUGCAGCUAUACUGAGGCCUCCCAAGGGCUCUACCUCAUUGGAGGUGGCCAUCUCGGCAGAAUUUCCUCCGGGAUAUAACUUGAAAACUGUAACUAGUGAGAAUGAAAUUCCUUGUGUUUCAUCACCUAGCGUCCCACUGAGUCCAAGAUUAUCUGCAAAAAUGAAUCUGAGGAAAUUAGUCAAUGAUCAUGAAGGGGACCAAAUUAUGGAAUACUCAGUCGACAGGCAAAUGGAUAGUGCUCAAUCCAACUUGUCGGAUGUCCCUUCCAUUGAUGAAGAUCAUAGGAAUGAUGAUGUUUCUUCUGCUACGAACCACCCAAUUAAGUUUAAGCACCCAACUCAUUUGGUAACACCAUCGGAGAUAUUGAUGGCCACCACCUCAUCAUCUGAAACUCCAAACAUUCAUGAUGUGGUGGUUAAUAACGAGGUUCGCAAUGUUGAGAUGGAUGUAAAAGUUGUGGAAGAGAAUGGAUAUAAUCAGAAUAAUGAAUUUAGUACUCAUGGAGACUCACUCACUCCUCUUGUUUCAGCUAGUAAAGAAAAGUUAUUUUGCUCCCAAGCUUCAGAUCUUGGCAUUGAGAUGUCUAGAGAUUGCUCUACAUUAUCAGCUGAGACCUAUGUUACUGAGGAUUCUCAACAACUUGACAGUGUUAACGAAAGUGAAGGAAAUACACUGCUUUCAACUGUUGAUGAGAAUGUCCAGGAUUCUGGAAAAGAUGUCGCUGGAAAUAUUGUUGGUUUAUCUGUGCUUUCAACAAGUCAACAGCCUGCAACUAUUUCCACAAAGGGGAAAAAGCAAAAGGGUAAGGUUUCUCUAGGAUCUGGUCCGUCGUCACCAUCCACAAGUGUUUUCAACUCAAUAGAUUCAUCCGUUGAGCCUGGUAUUAGUCCAAGUAUAACUGCUACGUCUGUCCCCCAAAUUGCAUCUAUUCAGGAGACACUCAACCAGCUAAUGUCCAUGCAAAAGGAGUUGCAAAAACAAAUGUCUGUCAUGGUUGCUGUCCCUCUUACUAAAGAAGGUAAAAGAUUGGAAACAUCAUUGGGCCGAAGCAUGGAAAAAGCUGUAAAGGCUAACUGUGAUGCAUUAUGGGCUCGGUUUCAAGAGGAAAAUACAAAACAGGAGAAAACAGUGCGGGAUCGUUUGCAACAGAUCACAAAUUUGAUGACCAACUGCAUAAACAAGGACUUACCUGCUAUGGUGGAGAAAACCAUAAAGAAGGAAUUAGGUACCUUAGGCCCAGCUAUUACACGUGCAAUAUCUCCUGCAUUAGAAAAAGCAGUCUCUGCAGCCAUUGCAGAGUCAUUCCAGCGAGGUGUGGGUGAUAAAGCAGUUAAUCAACUUGAGAAAUCCGUUAAUUCAAAACUUGAAGCUACUGUUGCUAGGCAAAUCCAAGCGCAAUUCCAGACCUCUGGCAAACAGGUUUUACAGGAAGUUUUUAAAUCCAGCGUGGAAGCUUCGAUAAUCCCAGCUUUUGAGAUUUCAUGCAAAAACAUGUUUGAGCAAGUUGAUUCUGCAUUCCACAAAGGGAUGGCCGAACAUACAACCGCUGCCCAACAGCAAUUUGAAUCUUCACAUUCCCCAUUAGCAAUUGCGUUGAGGGAUGCAAUUAACUCUGCAUCAACAAUGACACAAACUCUAAGCAAUGAAUUAGGUGAUGGUCAAAGAAAGCUGAUGGCUAUGGCAAUUUCAGGAGCUAAUUCAAAAGGAUCAAAUUCUUUGGUUAGCCAACUUAGUAAUAAUGGGCCUUUGGGUCCUCUCCAUGAUAAGAUUGAAGCGCCUAUGGAUCCAAAAAAAGAGCUAUUGAGAUUGAUAGCUGUACAUAAAUACGAUGAAGCUUUCACGACAGCCCUACAGAAAAGCGAUGUUUCAAUUGUUUCUUGGUUAUGCUCUCAGGUUGAUUUGAAGAAGAUUUUAGCAACGAAUCCUCUCCCUUUGAACCAAGGAGUGUUACUAUCUCUUCUACAACAGUUGGCUUGUGAUAUUAGCAAGGAUGCAACAGAAAAGCUGUCAUGGAUGACGGCAGUGGCACUUGCAAUAAAUCCGGGGGAUGCUAUGAUUGCUUUACAUGUGCGCCCCAUAUUCGAGCAAGUAUAUCAGAUUCUCACCCAUCUUUCCAGCCUUCCCACAACAUCCAGUGUCGACUUCUCCAGUAUCCGCCUCAUCAUGCAUGUUAUUAACUCCAUGUUAAUAAAUUGUAAAUGAUUUCUCAUUUGUCUCCAUGAUCUGGUCUUGAUAUGGGUUGAUAAUGUGUAAAAAGAGGGAGUAAAGCUAGAUGAGAAGCCAACAACUAGUUUGUGCAGUUUUCAAGUUUUCUCAUUAAAGAUUACUACAUUCUAGUAAUGUAGUUACAACUGAACCCAUAUCAAUUCAAUCUUAUUUUAUUUUUUUCACGGAAGUUUUUGUCAAUGUAAAACUUUUGCGCCCAUCAACUUAUUCAUUACUCUUAUAUAAUCUGGCCUGCUUUU